AUGAAGUUUAACUUACCGCUGACACUCUGCGCCACCGUUGCAACCUUCCUGCUGGUCAGCUAUGCUGAUGCUCAAGAUUUGACCGAUCCAGAUCUACAGGCAAUGCUGGUGGAGUACGAGUCGGAACAUAUGGUCGAAAGCUAUCGCUUCAAAUAUGCUACCGACGAUGGCCAGUUCCGUGAGGAGAUGGGUGUUCUGAUGAAUCCGGGUACACCGGAGGAGGAGCUGGUCGUUGUCGGAAUGUAUGGAUUUGAAACGAACGAUGGGACGGAAGUAAAGGUCAUGUAUGUCAGUGGAAAGAAGGGCUACAGGACGAAAACCAAAACACGCAAGUUGUCGGAUUCAGAACGAAAGAAGAAGCUGCUGAGUUCAUUGAUUGGCUAA